UUCUCGGGCAAAGAGGCGAGGGGGGCAGGAGGGGAGGGAGGCGGCGAGCCUCCGGAGCACUCACGUUCCGGGCGGGUUGGAGAAAGAAGACUUUAGGCGAGCGAUCCCCGGGAGGGAAUCUCUUGGAGCCCGGCUGGGAUUUUGCUCUCGUCUCUCGCUCCGUCCACCCAGAUAACCUUCUCUCCCUCCGCUUCCGACGCCCAGGCCCAGCUAUGCUUCCCCGGGCCCUGCUGUUCCUCUUCAGCGUGCCUUGCGCUUGGGGCUUCAACCUGGACGCCGAGGCGCCGGCGCUUUUACGCGGCCCCCCAGGCAGCUUUUUUGGCUUCUCGGUGGACUUUUACCUCCCGGAGGCGCAGAGUGUCAGUGUUCUCGUGGGAGCACCGAAAGCCAAAACAAGCCAGGUGGAAGUGAUGGAGGGGGGUGCUGUCUACUACUGUCCCUGGCACCUUGGCAAGAGCAUCUGUACGCCCAUUGAAUUUGAUAGCAGCAAAGGAUCUCGCGUGGAUGAGUUCAACGGGACGAUGGAGCAAAUGGAGUUCAAAUCCCUGCAGUGGUUUGGAGCCACAGUGAGAUCACACGGCAGCUCCAUCCUGGCCUGUGCCCCCCUGUACAGCUGGCGGACCACCAAGGAUGAGCCUGAACGUGAGGUUGUGGGCACCUGCUACCUGUCAAUCAACAACUUCACAAAGUUUGUCGAAUACGCACCUUGCCGCUCAGACCUGAACUCAGCCCGUGGACAAGGCUACUGUCAAAGCGGCUUUAGUGCUGAAUUCACAAAGACUGGACGUAUUCUUCUUGGUGGCCCUGGAAGCUAUUUCUGGCAAGGCCAGGUGCUAUCAGCAACACAGGAUGCCAUUGAAGAGUCCUAUAACCCUGAAUAUUUAGUCCUGGUGGUUCGAGGACAACUUGAGACGCGGCAGGCUAACAUCAAUGCUGAUGACAGUUAUCUCGGCUACUCUGUGGCUGUUGGUGAGUUCAGCGGAGACUCCACUGAAGACUUUGUGGCUGGCGUUCCUAAAGGAAACCUGACUUAUGGAUAUGUCACAAUUCUAAAUGGAAGUGACAUUCGGCCCCUAUACAACUUUUCUGGAGAGCAGAUGGCUGCCUAUUUUGGGUACGCCGUGGCUGCCACUGAUAUCAACGGUGACAGCCUAGACGACCUGCUGAUCGGCGCCCCCUUGUUUAUGGAGAAAACGGAAGAUGGCCGCGUGCAGGAAGUGGGCAGGGUCUACAUCUUCCUGCAAAAGUUGUACGGCAUGGAGUCUGUUGCCUCGGCCGUACUGACCGGCCACCAAGAAUUUGGCCGCUUUGGCAGCGCUAUUGCCCCACUGGGGGACCUCAACCAGGAUGGCUACAAUGAUGUGGCCAUUGGGGCACCCUUUGGCGGCCAGGCCCAACAAGGUGUGGUCUAUGUCUACAAUGGCCUACAUAAUGGACUGCACCCCAAGCCUUCUCAGGUGUUGCAGGGCCACUGGCCAGCUGGCCAGACCCCUGACUUCUUUGGCUUUGCCAUGCGUGGGGCUAAGGACUUGGAUGGAAAUGGCUACCCAGAUCUGAUUGUGGGAGCCUUUGGAGUGGACACAGCUAUGGUUUACAGGGGCCGCUCCAUUGUUCAUGCCAGUGCCACUCUCAGCAUCUUCCCCGCCAUGUUUAACCCCGAAGAGCGAGCAUGCACCCUGGAGGGGACUGGAACCCCGGUUGCUUGCAUCAACCUGAGCUUCUGCCUGAAUGCAUCUGGGAAGCACGUGCCUGACUCUAUUGGGUUCACUGUGGAGCUGCAUCUCGACCACUUCAAGCAGAAAGGGGCAGUGAAAAGGGCGCUCUUUCUGCGUUCCCGCCAGCCUCACCUAGUCCAGACUCUCCAAAUCCGCAAUGGUGCCAACUCCGAGUGCCGCGAGAUGAAAAUCUACCUCAGGAACGAGACUGAAUUCCGUGACAAGCUCUCCCCCAUCCACCUGUCUCUCAACUUCUCACUGGAUCCAGAGGCCCCACCGGAUGCACAUGGCCUGCAGCCCAUCCUCAACUACCUCACACACAACUACAUUGAGCAAAAGGCUCAGAUCCAGCUUGACUGUGGCGAAGACAAUGUCUGUGUCCCUGACCUCCAGCUUGACGUUUUUGGGGACCACAACGUUGUCUACCUGGGAGACAAGAAUGCCCUGAAUCUUUCCUUCCAUGCACAGAACCGCGGUGAAGGGGGUGCCUAUGAAGCUGAGCUCCAUGUCACUGUCCCACCUGAAGCAGACUAUACAGGGGUUCUGCGGAACCAUGGGAACCUUUCCAGCCUGAGCUGCAACUAUGACACGGUGAACGACACCAACAUAGUCAUCUGUGACCUCGGCAACCCGAUGAAGGCAGGAACCAGUCUCUGGGGUGGCCUGCGCUUUACUGUGCCUCGCCUCGUUGAUGCUAAGAAAUCCAUCCAAUUUGACUUUCAGAUCCACAGUAAGAACGCAAACAAUUCCCACAGUGAGGUGGCACCCUUCCUAAUGCGUGUCGAGGCUGCUGUUCGUCUCUCAACCCACGGAGCAUCCAUGCCGGACACCGUGUCCCUUCCAGGCUCUGGCUGGGUCCCAGGUCGAUUGGUACAGCGAGAGCAAGAAGUGGGCCCUGGUGUAUGCCAUGUCUAUGAGUUUGUGAACGAGGGGCCAAGCGCCAUCAGCGAGGGGAUCUUGGACAUCAGCUGUCCGCUCCGGAUGCAGGGGCGAGCUGUGAUGUACGUCACACGCUACAUGGUGCCGGCAAAUUGUACCUCCAGCCACGUCAUCAACCCAUCAAGGCUGCAGCUGGAGCAGAUCCCAACACCUCUUCCUUGGCCAGAACAGCACUAUGUGCAGAGACAAGAUGGAGGUUGGAGCAGCCUGAAAUGUAACGACGAGGAGUGUUUUCAGCUACGCUGCCACAUGGGGGCACUACAGCGUCAGGAAAGUGUCAGCUUGCGCCUCUACUUCCGUGUCUGGUCCAAGAGCUUCCAGCAGAGAGAGAAUACCCCCCACACCAUACAGUGUGAAGCGGUUUACCAUGUCGAGAAAGUGCCCUACAAAAUCCAACCUCUAGAGCAACCCUCCGCUAACCUCAAGGUGUCAACAUCACUGCACUGGGCCAAGACAGAGACCAGCCAGGGGGUUCCUCUCUGGAUCAUCAUCUUAGCCAUUCUGAUUGGAUUGCUGCUCUUGGCACUGCUCAUCUAUGUACUAUACAAGCUGGGCUUUUUCAAGCGCUCACUUCCUUAUGGCACGGCUAUGGAGAAGGCUCAGCUGAAGCCACAAGCAGCUUCAGAGGCCUAGCAGGCCCAGCGUUGCCCUCAUGUAUGUGUGUUGUCACUGCUGCCCUGCAAAGAGGCACCAGGAUCGCCUGCUGUGAGCGCCACGAACGGGGGGAGCACAGCCAACACCAGCAGGGCAAUGUAGGGCAGUGCCACAGACGCUGGGCCCCACGGACUGCUGCAGAGUCCAAGCCCCUCUGCUCCUCACAGAGAAAGAGGCUCCAGGCUGGAGGCCCAAUGCCCUCCCUCUCCCCCGUUUCCCUGGGGCUCGGAUCCUACAAAACCUGUUGUGCCUCAGCUGGGGGUUUGCAGCAGGCAUCUGCUCCCACCAAAAAGGGAAUACUUGAAGCCGCUGGAGCGGCCGGUGCUGGCCUGAUCUCAGGCCCCCUAUCUCAAGCUGUCUGUUCCGUCCAUCUGUGGGGAAAGGGAGUGUUGCCCUGGACAGUUUCCAAGCUGCCAGUCUCCUCUGAAAUAACCACAUAUUGGCUGAAAGGAAAAAGCACAAUCACCUCCGAGUCCCAGCUCUUUCUCCGACACGGAGGAUCCUGGGCUCUCACUUCCUGUCUUCCCCCAGCCUGCUUCCUGUGGGGGGAUGACAUGGGACAGAGACUUAAGCUGGGAAAGCCGGGUGCUCCCACAAUGCCAAAGAUUUGCCACAUUAGGAAGCCAAGCCAUCGCCCGGUGUCGGCCCGGACUCGCCGACUGUCUUCGCACUGAUCUCCGGAAACCGCUAGAGAUUUUAUUUUUCAGAUGCCACUUUAAUUAAAAGAAAUGAGGAAGCUGCUGCCGCCUCCUAGUGGCAGAGAGAGGGGUUGCUUUUUUUUAAUUUAAAAUGUCCAUGUGCAAUAAAUGCUUCCGUAUUUUCAUACUGUCUUCUUAUUUUAUUGGUAACAAUGAGCAGCAAGAGGUUGAGUAUGGCUGAAACACUCUACUGCUUGUUCCUGUAAGUGAGGAUUGGGAUUUUGAUGGUGUAAAUAUGCUU